UAUUUUGGCGGCUACAGACGGAGCGGAGAGCUGCUGGAGUCUUCAGACAAGAACCAGAAUGGAGGAGCAGAACCAGGACCAGAACCCCACGAGGAGGAACAAAGCGGGAUCAUCCUCUGAUACCACCGGUCGGCAGAAACAUGGAGGCCAAAGAAAACCUAAACAUCGAGGUGGUCGAGGCUGUAAGAAAGUUUUCACUGGUGCAUCACGACCAAAGAGAUGUCAGAAGAUUCACGUUGGAGAGAAACCGUACACCUGUGAUCAGUGUGGAGCAGCUUUCAGUCAGUCAAGUGAUUUAAAAAGUCACCAGCGUUUUCACACUGGAGAGAAACCUUACAGAUGUAAUCAGUGUGGAGCAGCUUUCAGUCAGUCAGGUCAUUUAAAAAGUCACCAACGUAUUCACACUGGAGAGAAACCUUACAGAUGUGACCAGUGUGGAGCAGCUUUCAGUCAGUCAGGUGAUUUAAAAAGGCACCAACGUAUUCACACUGGAGAGAAACCUUACAGCUGUGAUCAGUGUGGAGCAGCUUUCACUAUAUCUGGUGCUUUAAAAAAUCACCAACGUAUUCACACUGGAGAGAAACCUUACAGGUGUGAUCAGUGUGGAGCAGCUUUCACUGUAUCUAGUGCUUUAAAAAAUCACCAACGUAUUCACACUGGAGAGAAACCUUACAGGUGUGAUCAGUGUGGAGCAGCUUUCACUGCAUCUGGUGCUUUAAAAAAUCACCAACGUAUUCACACUGGAGAGAAACCUUACAAGUGUGAUCAGUGUGGAGCAGCUUUCACUGUAUCUGGUGCUUUAAAAAAUCACCAACGUAUUCACACUGGAGAGAAACCUUACAGGUGUGAUCAGUGUGGAGCAGCUUUCACUUUAGCUGGUGCUUUAAAAAAUCACCAACGUAUUCACACUGGAGAGAAACCGUACACCUGUGAUCAGUGUGGAGCAGCUUUCAGUCAGUCAGGUGAUUUAAAAAGUCACCAACGUAUUCACACUGGAGAGAAACCUUACAGGUGUGAUCAGUGUGGAGCAGCUUUCAGUCAGUCAGGUCAUUUAAAAAGGCACCAACGUAUUCACACUGGAGAGAAACCUUAAAUGUGCCAGGAGGAUGGUGCAGCUUGUAUUCAUUCAGACUAUUAAAAAAAUUAUACCAAAUGUUGUGGAAAAACUAAUGUGUACUGCUGGAUUAAAACUUUAUUAACAAAGGUAUCACUAAGAAGACCUGUGAAGUAAAACAAAAUGAUAUUGUGCAUAUUUGUAAAGUUUUGGCAAACGGUAGGGGGAUUUGCAGCCACUUCUUGUAAAUGUUUAGUAAAGUUAUGAAGUUUAGUCAUAGAAAGACGACCUCCCUCUGAAGAGAAACUGUUCUGCAGCUGUUCUGUAGCAACUGUGAGGUGAUUGUCGCAACAUAUUUGAGUUUGAAUUAAAUAAUACUGUAUAUAACUAUGUACUUUGUUAGUCAUAACAGAGUAAUAAUAAUAAUACUAAUGGUUUAGAUUUAUUUAGUGCUUUAUCAAGGCACCCAAAGUGCUUUACAUUGUGAAUCUGUUAUUCAUUCACACGCUGAUGGUGGAAGCCAAGCUGUACAAAUAAAUGAGUUGUUUACAGUA